UGUUCUGGCCUCUGGGUCAAACCUUUAGUUUUCUUGUCCCGAUCACGAUGGAGCUGCUCUAUAAAUCGCGUCCACCAUGUUUUGCAGUGUGUGUCGCUUUAUCAUCUUCAGAUACUUUGGGCCUUCGUUUCCCAUCAUUGCGAAUCUCAUAAUCAUUGAAAGACCACGAAAGCAACAUGCACCGAAUUUUGAGAAGGAUAAUAAACAGUUGGAGAGCACCGCAGCCUCUGCCACCACCAGCGCCACCUCCGCCUCCACCACAACCUGAUUACCCUGGUCAAGCCCUACUUGCUGAUAAUAGAAGAAGGGACUUUAUCGAUCUGUGUGUUCCUCUUUAUGAAGCAUCAAUGAAAGGAGAUUGGAAUGCUGCUCAAGUCCUCAUUGGUAAUCGGGAAUAUCUGUUACGUUGUAGUAUUACUCAUAACUAUGAAACAGCACUUCACGUUGCAGCAUCAGGUCAAAGCAACCCCGAAAGCAUCAACUAUGUAGAAAAUCUUGUGCGUCUGAUGAACAGGGAAGACUUGCAGCUUCAGAAUAAAAAUGGAAACACUGCUCUUUCUUUAGCAGCUGCUGCUGGAAAUGUCGAAAUUGCUAGAAUUAUGUUGAGAAAGAAUGGUGAUCUGCCCAUAAUCCCUAAUAAGGAAAACAUGAUGCCUCUCUACAUUGCUGCCUUAUGUGGAAACGAAGAUAUGGUGAAGUAUCUGUAUAAAGAUUUUCAGGGAAUGCGUGGUCCUGGUUGGACAACAACGACCAUGAGUUGGGUAUUGGUGAAGUGCAUUGAGUGUGAUAUGUUCGAUGUGGUACUAGAUAUAUUGGAGGACCACCCAGAACUCCCCCAACACAGUCAAAGAACCCUUGCACUAAAGGCUUUGGCUAGAAAGUCUAGUGCAUUUAAUGGAAUAGAACCAACAAAAUGUAAAGUCGUGCGAAUACUGGGACUGAUUUGGGAAAACUUUGAGGGGGAACGAAAGGCUGUAAUAGAUGAUAUACUUAGAGGCCAUCCUGACGAAAAUGGAUUACACCCCAAUGGAAUACUUUUUAUUGCAGCAGAAAUGGGCAAUACUAAUUUUUUGGUUGAGCUCAUUCGUAAAUAUCCUGAUAUUAUAUGGAAAAAAAAUGACAACCAUCAAAGUAUAUUUCAUGUUGCUGUCUCAUAUCGUCAUGUGAACAUCUAUAAACUAUUAUACGAGAUAGGCUCGUUAAAGACUUUAAUAUUUCCUCUUAAAGAUCAAGAUGGUAAUAAUAUGUUGCACUUGGUUGGAAAGAAGUCAAUGAGAAGCCGCCUCGAUCAAGAUGUCUCUGGGGCAGCUUUUGAGUUGCAACGUGAAUUGUUAUGGUUCAAGGAAGUAGAAUCUAUGAUACAUCCUGAUUACAAAGAUCGGAAGAACAAUCAGGGCCAAACCCCAUAUGAACUAUUCACCAAGGAUCACAAAGAUUUAGUUGUUGACGGAGAGAAAUGGAUGAAAGACACAGCUAGUCAAUGCAUGGUGGUUGCUGCACUAAUAGCCACCGUAGUAUUUGCAGUAGCUUAUACAAUCCCAGGUGGCUAUAGGCAAACUGAUGACAAAGAGAAAGGUUAUAAGGAAGGCUUACCUGUUUUCCUUUACAACGGGCCCUUCCUAGCAUUUGUGGUGUUAGAUGCCUUCUCUUUAAUCAUGUCCUCGACUUCAAUCCUUGUUUUCCUAUCCAUGCUUACUUCGCGUUACACUCAAGAAGAUUUCAGAAAAUCGUUACCCAAAAAACUAUUGGCAGGACUUUUAAUGCUUUUCCUCUCCAUAGUCACCAUGAUGAUUUCUUUUAGUGUCAGCUUCUUCGUGUUAUACAGCAGUCAUAGGUUUAUUGCACUAGCAAUCUCUAUUGCUCUAGUUUCUGUUAUACCUAUAUUUUUCCAUGGUUUGCUACAAUAUCCUCUUUUAAAAGAUGUAUACCGCUCCACAUUUCAUUCAGGGCGGCUCUUUAAGCCCAAGAAACAAAUGCUUUAUUAUCAAAAUCCAAAUUUCUAAGCGUUUGUUCGAAUUAAUUAAAAUUCCAUAGAAAGAAAAAUCCAAGUGUCUAAGUGUUGCAUUCCAUUAACUGAAGUUCCAU